AACACGGUGUCCACGGUCCACUAAAUUCGACUGAGCUUUUCCUAACUCCACUCCACUGCUGGUACGCAUGCGAAAUUUUUGAAGAGGCUCACGCAAAUUUGCAGCAGCAGCAGCAGCUACCGCCGCCGCCGCCUGGAAAUGGGCAAGAAAGCCAUCCGAUAUGCGGUGGUCGAUGCCUUCGCCGCGGAGCCGUUCAAGGGCAACCCGGCCGCGGUGUGCCUCCUCGAGGAGGAGCACGCCGCCGCGGCAGCGGACGACCGGUGGAUGCAGGCCGUCGCCGCCGAGUUCAACCUCUCCGAGACCGCCUUCCUCGCCCGCGACCUCUCCCGGGCAGGCGCCGCCGCCCCGCGGUUCCACCUCCGAUGGUUCACUCCCGUCACCGAGGUCGAUCUCUGCGGGCACGCGACCUUGGCCUCUGCCCACUUCCUCUUCACGACCGUUCUUGCGGAGCAUGGCGUGGUCGAGUUCAUGACCAGGUCUGGCAUCCUAACUGCCAAGAAAGUUCCUGAAGCAGAGAGCACCGGUGCCCCAGGUGAGGAGCAGGGGAAACAGUUUAUUGAGCUGGAUUUCCCUAGGAUUGAUUUUGUGGAUUGCAACUCCUCCCACGAGAUGCCAUCGAUCCCCAAGACCCUGAACGGCGCACCCAUCAUCAGUGUUCACAAAUCGGCAACCGACGGUGACCUCAUUGUGGAACUUUCUUCUGGAGAAGAGGUUGUCAAUAUGCUUCCUAACAUUGAUGAAAUAAAAAAAUUGGCCUGCAGGGGUCUUCUUGUUACAGGACCAGCACCUGCCGGAUCUGGUUAUGACAUCUUCACACGUUUCUUCUGCCCGAAAUUUGGGAUAAAUGAGGACCCUGUUACUGGCAGUGUGCAUUGUGUUUUGGCGCCAUAUUGGGGUGGAAAGCUAGGGAAGCAAAAACUAAAGGCAUUUCAAGCAUCUCCAAGGGGCGGAACACUGUACCUGGAACUGGAUGAUGAAAACCAGAGAGUGCGGAUUCAGGGAGAAGCUGUUACUGUCAUGGCUGGGACACUUCUAGCGUAGCUAGCAUAUCGCCAUCUCCUCUUUGUAUCCUUCGAAGGACAGCACAUUGAUGGACUUGUACUUUGAACCAGUGUGGGAAAUAACUCUUUAUAUGCCGGUAUUGUUCUGGAUUAACAGUAAAUUAGUUUUAUGGGAAUAAUCUCUAAAAAUCUUGAGCCUUUUUUCUA